CUUCGUUGUUUGUUAAUUGUUUUGAAUUUGAAUUUUGAAUGAAAUCGCUAAAUUGAACAUGGAAGUUAUUAAAUGAUAAACAUAAAUAAUAAUUAUGUGAUACUAAUAAUGUAGGUGGUGCCAUAUUCACACCUGCUGCAUAUUAUGGUGGUGUGCAGGAGAUGGCGUUAUUCCUUACUGCUCAGCAUGUUUAUGAGGUUUAUUCUGGGCAUUGUCUUCAUAUAUGUCUAUUGUGAUUACCUCAUUUACUUUGUUACCCAAAUACAGUGUGGAUGGCCAUCUCUAAGCAAAAGGAAAGCGGAGGACACAGAGCCAGUGUAUGCUAUGAUAAUAGCUGACACACAUCUGCUAGGCUCUUGGAACGGACACUGGUUUGACAAGUGGAGGAGAGAGUGGCAAAUGCAUCAAGCAUUUCAAACUGCCAUUACGUUGCACAGGCCUGAAGUUGUUUUUGUUUUGGGUGAUCUCUUUGAUGAAGGCAAAUGGUGUUCACAAAAUGAAUUUGAUCAGUAUGUGGAUAGGUUUCAUAAGAUUUUCAAAGUUCCUGAAGGUAUCACUAUGUAUGCAAUUGUGGGCAAUCAUGACAUAGGUUUUCAUUAUAGGAUAACGCCGCACCUCGCUAACAGGUUCGAGAAGAAACUGGACGCCCCGCCGGUUCGACUAGUGAGCAUACGCGGGAACCACUUUGUGCUAAUCAACUCUAUGGCCAUGGAGGGGGACGGCUGUUGGCUCUGCUCCAGAGCUGUUGCUGAGAUUGACAGGAUUUCAGAUAUUUUUAAAUGCAGCAGUGGUUCAGCUCUGUGCAAAGGGACUGCGAAACUGCAGCGUUACAGCCGACCCAUAGUGAUGCAGCAUUAUCCAUUAUACAGGGAGUCCGACAGCAUCUGUCCAGAGCCAUACUCAUCACCUGCAUCAGAAAAGACCAAGUUAUUUGAGGAGCGCUGGAACUGUCUCUCGAAAGAGUCCACAGAGUACCUGGUGGAGAGCUUACGCCCACACGCAGUGUUCGGUGCGCACACGCACAAUGGCUGCACUGUACGCCACAGCUUCGUGCCCACUGCCAACCACAAGAUAGAGUUCACGGAGUACACUGUCCCUUCGUUCUCGUGGAGGAAUAGACUGGAUCCUAAAUAUUACUUGGUAACAGUUAGCCCCGACGAGGUGAAAGUAGCAAAAUGUGACCUGCCCAGCGAGUGGUCGAUGCAAGUGACCGCUGUGUUCUUGUUCGUUGCGUUACUUGUCUACUUGAAGUGUCACUGUCGGCACACCAACGUCUCCAAUUAUAAACAUUUGUCCGGUAAAAUUGUAUAGCUAAGUGGCAAGGCUAGCAGACAACAAAGAUAAGUAGGUAUUAUUUAAAAAAUAAAAUCUAAUUUAUUAACUAAA